AUGGGGAGCACAGACGUGGACAGCGCAGUGCUGCCCCCUACAACACACCCUUUAAAGAUAUUCGACGCAUGCCGGAAACAAGACAAGUUUGUCUAUGCAUGCGCUCCCAUGGUGCGCUACAGCAAGCUCGCUUUUCGGCAGACUGUGCACCACUACGGCGUGGACCUGUGCUGGACGCCCAUGAUUCUGGCCAAGGAGUUUAAUCGCAGCAGCUUUGCGCGGGAUAGCGACCUCACCAUCGGCACAAACGGCCCGCAGCCAGUCACGAUUCUGCAGUUUGGCGCCAACUCGGCCACGGAGCUCGCGCGCGCCUCGUCCCUCGCCAUGCCGUCCGUCGCCGGCGUGGACCUCAACUGCGGCUGCCCGCAGAGCUGGGCCUGCGCCGAGACGCUCGGCGCGGCGCUGAUGAAUCGCCGCGAGCUGGUGCGCGACAUGGUGGUUGAGACGAGGGUCCGGCUGGCGCGCGACGGCUGGGCGGUGGGCGGCAAGGACGAGGAUGUGGAGAGUGACAGGGGACGAAGCAAGAACGAAAAUGAAAAGUUGACAGUUUUGGUUGUGGCAAGGAAAACGAUAGACUUCAUCGACACCGUCAUUGGGGACCCUCACCACCGCAACAUUGACUGGCUCACCAUUCACCCUCGCACGCGGCACACCCCAUCCACCACGCCAAUCCGCACCGAGGCCCUCGAGAUUCUCACGGAAAAAUACGCCAAAACCCUACCCAUUCUCCUCUCUGGCGACAUCUUUGACCUCGACUCACUACCCAUCCGCGCCACCACCACCCGCAAUGUCGACGACCUUGCCACGCUCACCAUCCGAGACGACGCCGCCUCCAGCCCGCCUCCAGCCCCCAGCAACACGCACCUCUCCGGCUUCAUGUCCGCGCGGGGCCUGCUCGCCAACCCGGCGCUGUUUGCGGGAUACGCCGCCUGUCCCUGGGAGGCCGUCGAGCGCUUCAUGUGCCGCGCGGCGCGCGCGCCGCUGCCGCUCAAGCUGGCCGUGCACCACGUGCAGGAAAUGUGCGGGCCGGGGCUCGGGCCGGAUCGAAGCGCGCUGCUGAGCAAAAGGGAGAGGCAGGCGUUUGCGCUGAUGACGGACAUGACGGAGCUGGUGGACUUUAUGGAUGACAAGAUUGCGGAGCACAAGGGUCAGACAUCGGGGCUACGGCGGGAUUUAUUCUGA